CUCCACCAAGUUUCUGAUUAUCAACUUCGAAAUUUCUUCUAGAACAUAUUCGUCUAUACUAUCGAAUCUCCGAAAGCUGUAUUGAUCCGUAGUAUCCCGCGGGAAGGAAGUUAUUUGAAAAUUCCAACGGGCAAGAUGGUUCACGCUGAUGCAUCAAACUUUGCCGACGGCAUAACAAAGGAGGACGCUUAUGAGCAAGUGCUCUGGCAGGCCGAGGGCCUGAUCACUGACCAGCGUAACUGGGUCUGCAACCUUUCAAAUGCUGCUUCCCUAUUGUGGCACGCAUAUAAAUCUCUGGAAUCACCGAGCAAAGAUGUGAACUGGGCUGGCUUUUACGUCCUUGACAAAUCAUCUCAAGAUCCGCAGCUCAUUCUGGGCCCCUUCCAGGGAAAGGUUGCCUGCCAGACUAUCAAGUUCGGUAAAGGCGUUUGCGGAGCAGCAGCAGCGACCCAAGAGACACAGCUAGUCCGAGACGUGGAGGAGUUUCCGGGACAUAUUGCUUGUGAUGGAGACAGCAAGAGCGAGAUCGUCGUGCCUAUUGUGGUUGCUCAGGACGACGGUUCGAAGAAGCUGGUGGCUAUCAUCGACAUCGACUGUGCUGAGCUGAACGGUUUCGACGAGGUUGACAAGGCCCAUCUCGAGCAACUGGCAGCUCUCCUUGCCAAGAGCUGUGACUGGUAGCGAUAUUAUACAAAAGCAACAGGGUAGAACCACCAACGCCAAACUUCCCCGGAAUAUUCGUAGACGCUCCUUCUCCCUUUUUGAAAUUGAGUUCGUGUUGAUUUGGGCCGCAGAGGUAGCGUUUGAACCGUCAUUACCUUAUCUCUAACAACACUGCACAUCCGUCGUUGUCUCAAUUCUGUUUCUUUCCCACUUAUAUCAGAAAUGAGGAUAGUGGUGGAACACAAAGGCUUAGAGCGCUACGGUAUGAUAGGCCGUUUGCGUGAAACAUGGGCAUACUGCUGUCGGCGUAAUUGGAGUGAUGGAUUUAGUAGUUCAGGAAUUCAUACUCGAGACAGUUGAGGGGUGUGACACUAUGUCGUUGUCUCCCAUGGCAACAGGGUACCUUUAACGCCGCAAACAUUCUGUGACAUCAAACCCGAUCCGGUAUC